CAGAUGCUCACGCUACAGUAAUUACUGCAAUGCAGCUCAAGAUGCAGGCAUUAGCAAUUUUUAUUUUACUGAUUGCUUUGGCGGCGGGAAGGCAAUUUCGAGAUAUUCAUGCAGGCACCAAAAGGGUAUCAUCAACAAUUCUUCGAAAUUCCGAUUUGGGAGGGCGGCUGACGGCUGGCAAAGUAACUCCACCACAUGAACGGAACAGGGAAUAUUGGCUAAAUGUGGCUCGGGAGCAAUUGCUGGAACGCACUCAAACCCGCUUGAACACACAUAAAGCCAAAAAUGUUAUAUUCUUUCUGGGCGAUGGUAUGUCCUUGACCACAAUGACCAGUGCGCGGAUACUAAAGGGUCAAUUGCAGGGCAAACCGGGGGAGGAAGAACAACUGAGUUUUGAAAAGUUUCCCUAUGUAGGGCUAAGCAAGACCUAUUGCGCCAAUGCCCAAGUACCAGACUCCGCCUGCACCUCCACAGCCUAUAUGUGUGGCGUUAAAGCAAAUAUUGUCACUCUGGGCGUAAGUGCCAGGGUCAAUUAUAACAAUUGCACUGAGAGUAUGAAUCCCAAAAACCAUGUAUCCUCCAUUGCCGAUUGGGCUCAAAAGGCAGGGAAAUCAACAGGUUUUAUUACCACCACCACCCUGACUCACGCCAGUCCCUCUGGCAGCUAUGCUCAUGUGGCAAAUCGUUUUUGGGAAUGCGACAGUGAUAUCACCACCUGGACUGGCUUGGCAGACACCAGUCAAUGCAAGGACAUUGCCCAACAGCUGGUGACUCAAGCACCGGGAAAACAUUUCAACAUCCUGAUGGGUGGUGGUAUGGGUAAAUUUUUGCCCAAAACCCUUAAAGAUUCUCACGGAAAGAUGGGUGAACGUUCCGACAAUAAAAAUCUACUCUCCAAGUGGCAGGGACUACAUCCCAAGGGUGUGGUGGUAACAGAUCGUCAAAGUUUAUUAAAAGUGGAUGUUAAGAAAGUUCAACACAUAAUGGGUCUCUUUCAGUCGGGUGUCAUGGAUUUCCAUUCCAACGCCGACCACAAGAAACAACCCAGCCUCAAGGAAAUGACUGAGGUAGCCCUAAAGCUAUUGAGUAAAAAUCCCAAAGGAUAUUUUAUUUUCAUUGAAGCUGGUCUCAUCGAUUACGGCAAUCACGCCACAAAUCCCGGCCAAAGCACCUCGGAAACUUUGGAAUUGGAUAAGGCGGUGCAAAAAGCUCGUGCCAUGACCAAUCCCAAUGAUACACUGAUUGUGGUCAGUGCUGAUCAUGCUCAUCCCUUGAGUAUUGCAGGUUUUUCAAAUCGUGGAAAUGAUAUUUUGGGCAUCGAUUAUUCCUUUCCAGAUGCCAAUGGCCAAUUUUUUGCCACUCUUAACUAUGCCUUGGGUCCUCAGCAAUAUUUAGAUGAUAGAGGUACACGUUUGAAUUUGUCAGAGUUUCUCGAUAACAACCGUUGGGUUGUCCAUCCGAGUUACAUCAAAUCGGAAAUGGGUGUCCAUGGUGGUGAUGAUGUGGGUGUCUUUGCGUCUGGUCCUUACGAACAUUUGUUUCGUGGUGUAAUGGAACAACACACUCUGCCACAUCUAAUGGCCUAUGCAGCGGGUAUUGGCAAUGGACACACAACUUGUGAGGAUAAGAGAACAUGAGCGUUCCGAAGAUUACUUGGGAGAUCAAAAGAUAUUGAAAUCGAAAUCUGCUUGUACUUUAAUGGAUCAAUAAAAAUACUGUGAAUUGAAUUUGUUAGGAAAUAUUUUUUGAUUUAAUGCAAAUUUGAAUAAGAUAUUUUCUUGAUAAAUAAAGAAAAUAUAGAUUGAA